GCUUCGUAACUCAGUAACUCACAACCAAAAGCGAGACAUGGCAGCAUAGCCAAAGAAAUUCCAAAUCCUUGUUUGUCUCCUUCCUCGGCAAUCGCCGCCCAGCCGGACAGUCGUCCUCCGUCCCUAAACCGAGGAAGAGACCGCGUCGAUGAUUCAGUGAGCGUGUUAGGGUUUUAGAAAUCAGGGAUUCGUGCGUAUUCGAGAUCGGAGAUGUCUCUGAGAAUCAAAGUGGUGGUGGACAAGUUCGUCCAGGAGCUCAAGGAAGCUCUGGAUGCCGAUAUCCAAGACAGAAUCAUGAAGGAGCGGGAGAUGCAGAGCUACAUCGAAGAGCGGGAACGCGAGGUCGCCGAGCGCGAAGCUGCUUGGAAGGCCGAGCUCUCUCGCCGCGAGGCAGAGAUUGCCAGACAAGAAGCACGGCUGAAAAUAGAGAAAGAAAACCUUGAGAAAGAGAAGAGCGUUCUUAUGGGAACCGCGUCGAAUCAAGAUAACCAAGAUGGAGCACUUGAAAUCACUGUCAGUGGUGAAAAGUAUCGGUGUCUCAGGUUUGCAAAGGCAAAGAAAUGAGGCAUUUGAAGGGUGCAGAAAAAAGAAGAAGAAGAAGCUCGGUAUUGCCUCGAUUAGAUCUGAUCUUCUACUUGCUUCAUUUUGCAAACUUCAUUCUUUGUACGAAUGCUCCAAUUCUGUAUAUCCUGGCAUCUCAUUGCAAUGAACUCCCCAAGACUUGUCGUUUGCUGCGAUUUAACCAAGUAAGCAGGGUUCCAGUUCUUGAAAACAAGCUAGUGUUGAUAUGAUUGCUUCUUAACCUCAAAACUAUCUCCAUAUCUGAUGAUUUAGUAAACUUGGAAAGUUCUGAGCUGCAUGAUUGUUUAAUUACUUCUUCUGUAAUUUAUUGUAACAUGUUGCAACCUACAUUGUUUCGGAUUAAGAUAGUUUAAGACAAAUUGUGUCGCUCAAGUUUUUGUUAGUAAACAUCGUUUGGAUCUAUUUUGGUCUCA